AUGGCAGGCGACAUGUCUCCUGCGCGAGAUCUGUCUUUUCUCAACUACUCCGCCAAACUUGUCGUCCGUCAAGACAACUGUGUCGGCUGCAGCGCGGGCGAAAAGCUCAUUUGCCCAACAUGCCCGACCGGACAAAGUUGCGGCUUCACCACACAAAGCUGCACCGAGUGCCCGAAAGCCUUCUGCCGAGUCACCGGUUCCAGCGAUGGCACCACUGGCGGAGGAAGCAACGACAGCGCAAGCAAAGGUCACGACGGUCCUAGUGCCGGUCCUAUAGCAGGUGGUGUCAUUGGUGGCAUCAUUGUCAUUGCUCUCCUUACCUACCUGGUUUGGCGAUUCCUCAUCAAGCCCAAGCGAGCCAGCCGCCUCGACGACCGCCACAUCUCCAUCUACGAAGCCGACAGUACCCCAACGCAGGGUGUCGAGAAGUGUGACCAAUCGAACCUGGGCCGACGUGCAUCUACGCACACGGUUCACUCAAUAGCCUCGACCGUCCUGACCCGUGCCUCCAACAUUAUUCAGAUUGCCUACAUUCCCGGAGUCACCAACCGCGCGACCCCAACAUCGCCAGAUGUACUCGUGCCCCCGGUUCCUCCUAUUCCUGUCCAUCACAACGGAGAAGUCAAUGGCUCCGAGCACUUCUUUGUGCCCGGAAACCUGCGUGAUUCGACCUACUCUGGCUUCUCUGCGACGACGGAUAGAACCUCAUACGCCCCGCGUGCCAGCAUUGCGUCGACCAUCUACGGCAGACAGGCCGAAAUUCAGACGGCCUCGCAGGCUGGUAUGCGUGCCAAGCCCACUGUCGUCAGUGUGAAGCCCGGUGCCAAUGCGCCUCCCGUCCCCGCCAUUGACAUGGAGCGAUUUGGUCCUCCCAACCGACCCGCGAGCACCGCCAGCAACUUUAGCGUCGGCGCAACCUACACGGCUACGCAAGGCCGAGCUCAGGUAGUCAAGGUCGGCGGACUGAAGAAGAUUGAUAUUGGCGCCAAGCAGGAAGGCAGCUCGCUGUCGGUCGUGUCUUCCAACGAGUCACUGAGCAGUAAGGAGAGCUCGGACGAGAUUGGCACCAUCCAUAUUGCCCAGGAGCCAGAGCCGCGUGGCACGAGUCCGUUUGCCGACCCGCCCAGCGCUACGCCGCGAGCUGCGAACCUGGCGGCGAUUACGGAAGAAAAGGGCGACGGCGAGUCUGCAAGGAAUAGCAAGACUAGCGGCGGACCUUUUGGUGACGAACAUGCUACGAAGGAUUAA